GUUUCCAGAUCAGAUGCCACAGAAAGACUGGACAAGGACCUUCAUGAGCCAAGGGCCUCUGUUAUCUUAAGUAAUGUAAGUGGUGUAUGUUUUGUGUUUUAAUCCAGCUCUUAAGUAAACCAGAUAAACAGAACUGUUUGGUUGAAAGUUUCAUGAAGUGACUGACUGAUCAAAUGUGCUUAGUAUACUUCUAACUAUUCAACUAACCAUUUUGACUGACUGACUGAGCAACUUAGUUACAACUUAGCAUCUUACAGUACCAAGACACUGACUAAUUGAGCAAUUGACUGACUCACCACUGACUGUGCAACUGAGUACCUGACUGGCUGACAGAAUGACUGAUUGAGCAACUGACUGACUGACUGUGCAGUUGGGUUCUUGACCAGUUGACAGAAUGACUGAUUGAGCAACUGACUGACUGACUGUGCAAUUGGGUUCUUGACCAGCUGACAGGAUGACUGAUUGAGCAACUGACUGACUGACUGUGCAAUUGGGUUCUUGACCAGCUGACAGGAUGACUGAUUGAGCAACUGACUGACUGACUGUGCAGUUGGGUUCUUGACCAGCUGACAGAAUGACUGAUUGAGCAACUGACUUACUGACUGUGCAGUUGGGUACCUGACUGGCUGACAGGAUGACCGAUUGAGCAACUAACUGAAUAACUGACUGUGCAGCUGGGUACCUAACUAACUGAUAGAAUGACUGAUUGAGCAACUGACUGAAUAACUGACUAAACUGAGUACCUUACCAAGUUACUGACUAACUGCAACCAACUGACUGACUGACUGAGCAACUGACUUAGGAACUGACUGGAGUCUGCAAAGCAGGGGUCAAUUAAAUAAAACUUUUGCAAGUGUAAUUUACAAGUGUAUCCAUUGUUUAGAGUCUGUGUUAAUCACACCCUGAACAAAUAAACUUCUUUACUCCAUUCCAAUGAACUUCAAUUUUCUGUUUUCUCGUACAGCAGUUUCUGAUAAUAGCAAUCAAGCCAAAAGAAAGCUAUACAUAAUCAAACCAAACAAUAAAUACAAAACAAAGAAAUGUACACAGAGAAAAACCUAAAGAAAUAAACUAAAGGAAUUAAAAACACACACCUGACGGCGAAGAUAUUAUCCAACGGUGAUGGAUAAUACAUGGAUAUAUAUAUAAUAUAUGGAUAAUACGCAAUGGUAUACAAGCGAUCCUCGAGUAAUGGUCACAAACGUUACACUAAAUGGCAGGAUAUUAGUGACCUGGGUCCCAUUUCUCAAAAUAGCCCUGAUGAUUAAUGGGCCCUGUAGGCUGUCGCUAUAUACAUUAAAUAUCGGGGUUUCAAUAGUUUUGCAUCUAAAAUGAUAAAACUAUCAGUUAAUGAAACAAAAUGGAGUAGUUCACUAGCCAGGAGCCGCACUCUUAUUCUUUAUAUUUCGGUUUGAAUAUUUGAUUUUGAGCCCAAAAAGUUACUGGGACUUUUGAGAAACAGGCCUCUGGAACUUAAAUUAAGCCCAAAAAACCACUGGUCCUAAAUCAGUGGAAACAGUCUGAAAUUAUAUUCCUACAGCUGUACACUUGUAAAAUUAUAAUUGUAAAAGUUCUAUAAAAUUGAUACCAGUAGUGUUAUUUGCAAGUACAGUCAAGGGGUGGGUGUUAAUUAUUAUUUUAUCGUUAUAAUCAUAUGUGGUAAAUUAUUCCAACAUGUUUGUCCACUGGUAUUCAUGAAAAUGUGAUUGAGUCAAACCUUUUAAAUAUGGGCACUUAAAGGGGGCCAUAGAAAGUGUCCAUAUUAACGGGAUGUCUAGAUUAAAUAGCUUCAGUUUAGAGGGGGCUUUCUUUUCUCAGGGACAAAGCAAAGAGUCCGUAAUUAUAAGGUUUCUGUAUUAAGUGGGUGUCCAUAAAUCAAGUUUUGAACAUUAAUGGGAAAUUGGUCUGUUCUGAAAAUAACUUAUGAGCUUCAUUGAAUAUUUUAAAUUUUUGUUUCCAGAUCAGAUGCCACAGAAAGACUGGACAAGGACUUUCACGAGCAAAGAGCCUCUGUUAUCUUCAGUACUGUAUGUGCUCUAUGUUUUGCUUUGUAAUCCAGCUCUUGAGUGAACCAGAUAAACAGGAUUGUUGGCCAGGUGAUUUCAAAGUUUGAUUAAGCUAAUCCAGGGAAAGCUGUUGUAAUAUAAUUAUAUCGUGCCUAAUUCUUUAAUUUCACAGUUAUUUCACCAUCAAGUGUACCACUUUUGGGAGUACAAGUGUGUCAAUAUUACUUUUUCCAGUCAAAGAACAACAACAAUAUUAACUAAAAAAAUGUCCAAAAUAAAUGCAACAUAAAAGAGCAAAAUUCCAAAAUAAAAUUAAAUCAAGUAUAGUUGUACAGUUUGGUCAACAUUAUUGUGAUGAAAAUAUAAUGAUUUAACCCAGGAUCAUCCAAUUGAGUGCAGUCCUGUAAGAACAGGUACAGCUGUUGGGGAUUCAGUGACUGGCAUUUCUAAAAUGUAUUUAAAAGAAAUCAACAGGAUCAAACAAAUUUUUUUUUAUUGACUUCUGAAUAAAUAAUAUUGGUACUUCAAGACCAAGCAAAUGAGACCAUUAUUUUUAAGGGAUACAUUCAGCAUUUCUGUUGAACUUUGUAUGAAUUGGACAUUUUACAUUAAAUAAAUGCUUGCAAUCGCCAGUUUUAUGUCUGCAGGGAAUCACAAUACAAAACAGCUGAAACGCAUUGAAAUCUUUUUGGUUUCAAGAACAAAAUUAUUUGAUUGAUUGCUAAAAUUCCAAGAGACAUGCACUUGUUGGGGAAGUACUCAUGAUCAGAAAACUUAAACGCAAAAACCGUGGUCAUUAGAAGUUUUUUCCUGGAUUAGCAUUUGUCGACUUUGUUCAACUGUCACAACGUUUAAAUCAAUAGCCAAGUUCUGCUGAUAUAAUAAUAAUAAUAAUAAUAAUUAUAUGCAAUCCAUAUUAUUAUUAUUAUUAUCAUUAUUAUUAUAAGGUUGUUAUUAUAGUACCUGUUGGUGCAGAUAUGCAGUCCAUAUUUUACCCUUCAAAUUUCUUGCCAUGUUGA